UGCAUGUAAACAGGACGGCUAACUUCACUUUCCCAUAAUAUAAACAUUGAUCUACGUCCUACGCCGUGUAACUUGUGCACAGAAUUUCCACUUGUUUAGCGGGAGUAUAAUUCAUAAGAACGUGAUCACACAGCCAUAUAUCAAGAAAACAGUGGAUCUGACCUGAGAACUCAGGACUCCAAGGCCCACCAAAACAUUGCUUCACAUUGAUACCAUUAACUCCAGUCAAAGGAAGGAAUCGAUUCAUUUUGUGAGAUCCACUGAAAAAAAAACCAUUGGAGUAAUUUACACCCCCCUUCCCCUCUACGACAACCGUAUCACAGCCCUGGGACAGCCGAUAAAAAAUCGUGACGUCAGUGGGAGGAAAAUGUCAUAAAUUUCCGCAACACGCAAAAAGUGCUCACCUUCCUGCAAACGUCGACACGCCACGAUGAGAGCAUCGCUUGAUGUGACGUGGAUACCGUCUCUACCCACACACCUGGCGAGCCAGUAACUGACACAUGUCAGGCUGACCCAACUAGUAUGACUGGCACCGCUAACCAUGCUUUGAGUACUUGUGUGCGUGCUUGAAUUUCCCGGACCGGGGAUCGAAUCCUUCCUGGGUGAGACCUUAUCACAGCCGGCCCCGACAUGCUGAUAAAGGAGUAUCGAAUAUCUCUGCCUAUGAGCGUCAGCGAGUAUCGUAUAGCUCAGCUCUACAUGAUACAGAAAAAAAGCCGUGACGAAAGCCAUGGGACAGAGAGUGGGGUGGAGAUCAUCGAGAACAAGCCGUACACCAACGGCCCGGGGGGUGACGGGCAGUACACCUACAAGAUCUACCACAUUGGGAGCCAUUUGCCAGGCUGGUUCCGGGCGAUCCUCCCAAAGUCUGCCCUGAGGGUGGAGGAGGAGGCCUGGAACGCCUACCCCUACACCAAGACCAGGUACAAGUGCCCCUUCAUCGAGAAGUUUCUACUGGAGGUGGAGACCAAGUACCACGACGACCCGGGGGACGACGACGGUGUCUUCACCCUGUCUAAAAGUGACAUGGCCCAGCGGACCGUCGAUUACAUCGAUAUCGUGAAGGACAGCGUGACAGGCGGGGACUACAAGAAAGAAGAAGACCCCAAACUUUACAAGUCGGUGAAGACCGGACGCGGCCCGCUGUCUGACGACUGGAGACAGGAGUUCGGGCAAGCUUUGCGGGAGGGGCGGAAGAACGGGAAGGAGAUGAUGACGGCCUACAAGCUGUGUAGGGUGGAGUUCAAGUACUGGGGCAUGCAGAACAAGAUCGAGAGGUUCAUACACGAUGUGGCCCUGAGGAAGACGAUGCUGAGGGCCCACAGACAGGCCUGGUGCUGGCAAGACGAGUACUACGGCCUGACGCUGGACGACAUCCGGGCUCUGGAGCGGGAGACACAGCUAGCCCUGGCUGAGAAGAUGGCCGCAGCCUCGGCCGCCGCCAACCUGAUGGACGGCUCCCUCGCCCCCACCCCCACCAACGAGGGCGGCGCCGAGGGCCGGCGGACCAGCACCGCCAGCAGCUCAUCGGACCGCCACCACAUCCACGCCCACCACACCCACCGGCAUCCGGACAAGCAGAAGUCGUCGGUGCAUUUUUCAGACGCUGACGCGACGGACGCCGGGUCGCCGGACGCCGGGUCGGACUUUAGCCGGAGUGUGUCGCAGGAGAGUACGGCCAGCACCGUGGUCAACGGCUCCACGUCACUUCCGCUUCCUGCCAGACGAUCUCCCAGCCAAUCACGUCAAACUCCUACCGAUGGUCACUGGAGCAGCCUGGAGCAGCUACAAGAACCAAGUUCUGAUGAGGAGUUCUUUGAUGCACAAGAAGAUGUCCAUGGGCAGGUGAGUUUUGACGGAGAACAGUCGCACCUGCUGCGGAGCUCCUCCAUGGAGUACAUGCACAAUGUUGAUGACAACGCUGACACUCACAGCUACACGUCCUGUUUCACAGGGGAUGAGCCACAGUUUGACAAGAGAGUGGAAGAGUUCCGCCAGAUGUACAGCCAUGAUGGAUCUAUCCCAGCAGACCUCUCCCCGCCACCAUCAGCUUCUUCCUGCCGCACCCACAUCCUGUUUCUGGUCCUGCAUGGUGGCAACAUCCUGGACUCUAGCCAGGAUGGGAUCUCUAAGAGACGCGACCUGACCAACCUGCGAGCGACCUUUGACAACGUCAUCUUGGCCCACUACCAGUCAGCCUAUCAGCACAUCAAGUUUAGACUGGUCUCCUGCCCCUAUCUGUGUAAGGAAACCCUCUCUUUGCUAGCCAGCUUAUCUCCCUUUAAUGCCGAGCGUGCUGGAGGAAGUCUUGACUCCAGCCUGGCCAGGAACCAGAACUUCAUCCCACUGGGUGCUAUCCCCUUGCUGGCCACGUCAAGCUCGGAGUAUCAGGAGCACGUCAACACCAUGGUGACCUCAGCCAACCAGGUGUACCACGACUUCCUGCGCUCAGAUGACGGCCUCGGGUUCAGUGGACAGGUCUGUCUGCUGGCAGACGCCACAGGAUCCCUCCUGGCCUACGACGCCCUGACCAGCGGCUCCUCCUUCAUGCGAGGAGGGUCUCGCUACGGCAGCCAUGAAAGUGUUGAGAGCAGCGCCAUCUGUGUGGAGCAGCGCUGUCCCAGCAUCAACAGCCACAAGCGGGAGCUGAGCCUCAGUGACCCCACCAUCAACCAGAACCUCACUGCACCCAAACGCGCCGAGCGCAGCAAGAGCGAAAUUGUUCAGCCUGAAGCCGCAGAGAUUAACCACCCAUUAGGGAAGGAGGAGCUGACCGCGUCUAUCUCAGGUCAAGGGUCAUCCAGGCACUCAUCCCGACACAACUCCGGACACCUGUGUACGUCAGGUGAGGGUAAGGACAAGGAUGGGUCGCGACGGACCAGCAGUGGCAGCCAUUACGACGGUGGCCUGGCCAAGUUUGACUUUGACGUCAGUGACUUCUUCAUGUGUGGGGCGCCACUGGGCAUUGUGCUGGCCUUCAGGAAGCUGCAUCGACAGGAUGAGGUGACAACACUCAGACCUGCGUGUCAUCAGGUCUACAACCUGUUCCACUCCAGCGACCCCACCGCCGUGCGCCUAGAGCCACUCUUGCAUGAAGGCUUUUCUCACAUCUCACCCGUCAGUGUGUGCCGUUAUUCCAAGUUUCCGCUGGGGGACGGGGAACCUGUUCAUGUGGUUGAGACCAUACAGAAACAUUUAAAAGUUUUCACCUCUGAAUCUCGUGAGUCUCGUGUCUCAACGUCAGAGGCUCCACGUCUGCUGCAGCGUCAGAACAGUUUGUCCAGCGUGACGAGUACAUCCAGCGGUCUGGGGGAGAAUACAGUCAGCAGCAUCACAAGCGUGACCAGUGCCUGGUGGGGUGUGAAGAGGAUGGACUAUGUCCUGUACUGUCCUGAUGCCCUUCACUCAUUCCCUACCAAUGCCCUCCCCCACCUCUUCCACUCCAGUUUCUGGGAGUCUACAGAUGUUGUAGCCUUCAUUCUCAGACAGGUACUGAGGCAAAAUGAGAUCCUUGUUGAGCCGGGCCGUGGAGUGGCUCGUGGGUCAAUGGCCAGCUUCAAAAUCAAAUCUCCAAGAGAAAAAUGGCUCAAGAGACGGACAACAAUCAAAGUCAGGAACUUGCAGCCUAACCACAGGGCAAAUGAUGUGAUAGUGUUGGAAGACAUGCCCCAAGUGUUGACAGCUAAAUUUAUGUAUGGCUCAUUGGACAUAACAUCUCUCACUGGGGAAAAGGUUGAUGUCAAUGUCAUGAAGCAGCCACCCUCAGGAGACUGGACACAGCUAGGGACGGAGGUGACCGACAGCCAUGGCAGGUUCACCUACACCAUACCUGAGGAGCAGCGCCUCAGUCAGGGUCUCUACCCCAUCAAGUUGAUUGUCAGGGGAGACCACACCUCCGUGGACUUGUACCUGGCUGUGUUACCACCUAAAACAGAGACUGUGGCCUUCAGCAUCGACGGAUCCUUCACAGCCAGCGUCAGCAUCAUGGGCAAGGACCCCAAAGUCAGGGCGGGGGCGGUGGAUGUUGUCAGACAGUGGCAAGACUUGGGUUAUCUGAUCUUGUACGUGUCAGCGCGGCCAGAUCUCCAGCACAGGAAAGUUGUGGCCUGGUUGGCCCAGCACAAUUUUCCCCAUGGGAUGGUGGCCUUCAUGGAUGGGCUGUCCAAGGACCCACUCAAACAGAAGUACAACUACAUCAAGUCCUUGCAGACUGAGGCUAAAAUUGAGCUAAAGGCGGCCUAUGGCUCCAGUAAAGACAUUGCCAUCUACAGGGACCUGGGACUUAGUGCUGAGGAAAUAUUUAUCGUGGGCAAAGCUUCCAAGAAACAGCAUGGUCUAGCCCAGAUCCUGACUGAUGGCUACUCUGCUCACCUGAGUCAGCUGAUGUCCCCGGGGUUCACACGACCUGCCGUGGGCAACGCCCGCAUGCUGCUGAGAAAGUCAAACUUCCGCCUGUCCACCCACGACCCCCAUGGGCGGGAGAACAAGAAGACGGCGCGGCGCACGGCCUCGCAGCCUGGCAGCAGCUACAAGGGUCAGGGGGAGGCCACCAAGAUUGUGGUCCAGGACUUCUCUAGCGCUGGGGGUCACAGGUCAAGGGACCAGUCACCCCGACUACAGCUGUCAGCACACGGGAAAAGUACGGACGUGUGACACACAGACAUGUGACACAUUGAUGUGGGACAAAUUGAUAUUGGCAUGUGACAGUUGCCAAAAGUUAGUGGACCCUUAUGGCAGUGACAGUGAAGGCCAUUAUGAUUAUGUGACAGUAAUUAACAGUGUAACAGAGCAACAUUUCAUGACAAAAAUGACAAUGUACUGUGACUACACAAGGUAAAUUUUCAGUUGACAUUUUAUAUGACCAAAACAUUGAGUUAUGGCCCUUGAUUAAAUAACACAAAAUAACCUGUGUUGUGGCCCUUGAAUCAACCCAUAAGUCAGUGGUGAAGUCAAAUUUAUCUCUGUUGGAUCUCAAGCUAUCUAUUGUGAUGUACAGCUGGUUCUAGAUUUUUCCUGGGUUGACUGGUAGGGGGUUCAGAAGGUGGGGGUUAACCCUUUUGUGUUCAUGUGAUAAUAAACCCCAUAGUGUGUCUGUUGCCUGUAAUCCCUGUGGUGUGACUGAUGCCUGUAAUCCCUAUGGUGUGGCUGAUGCCUGUAAUCCCUGUGGUGUGUCUGAUGCCUGUAAUCCCUGUGGUGUGUCUGAUGCCUGUAAUCCCUAUGGUGUGACUGAUG